CGACUACAAAUGCGUCAGUGACGUGCCGUCGUCUUUGGGGAUUCUGGCCGGAGCAGUUGCCGAGGCCGAGCAUUCUGUAUUCCCCCAAAUUUGCUGGCCUAAUCAGCUAAUGAUCCAGAAAUCAGUCGGCGCUCGAAUGCACCGCUUUCCGCAGUUUACUACGCAUCAGCUUCGGUGUCUGGUGGAGCACCCGGAGCGCCAGCUGGGUAUUUUGGCACUUGGCCACAGACCUGCCUACUUCCGACCGAUCGAGGAUCUGACAAAUCAUUAGCUCUAUCUCUAUAAUUAUCGAUCGGUUUCUCGUUCUAUGCCGGAAAAACCUAUAUAACGACCAUCGGUAGCCAUGGGGCGCUUCAGUAGAGCGCGAGUCUGGGUCCGGAAGCAUUGAUAUGAACUCUCGUCGGUGUGUGCCAUACAGGAAAAAUGGGAAAAGCGCGUGUUGGAUGGUUUAAAUAUUGGAAAGCUAAUUGCUGCAUUGUGUUGCUGGUGCUACUGAUAUAUUCCGUGGCUGUGGUGAAAUCGAGAAAGCAUUAUUUGGCGUUAGAUGAUGUUGAAUACGAAGACAAUUAUGUGGAUGAGGGUACUCUGCAAGAAAUUAAGAACGCUGUGCACGUUGCUUCUGAUCGAACGUCUCUACAAGGUGGAACUUAUACGUACUCGUAUGCAGUUACCGAUUACGAUGAUGAACACAGUUUGGAGCGAAAACCCGUCCGUUGCCUGUACGAUAGGCAAACAAAACUUCCCAAACACCCUGUAAUUUUGAAGCCAUACCAUCCACCAGCACCCUACAAAAAGAAACAUCUCAGCAAGGAAAAGGCCCUUAUGCUCAUGUUCCUGACGAAAGCCGUGCUGGUGACGAUGUUCGCCCUAGGACUGCCAGCCGUCAUCGGAAUUUACGCGUUGCUCCUGGCAAAGAUGAUCAUGGGCCUCAAAACGAUCGCCAGCACCAAUGCCUUCACCCUGGGCGUACUGGGAACGAAGUAUGUGCUAAAAAAGCAAAACAAGGCCCAGAAGCUACAGCAAGUGGCCAGCUUGCUACCGUUCUACGUUCCUCUGAUGCUGUCCUCGCUGCUGUCGGCGGCCAGUCUGAUCUCCGGAGCUGCCGGAUUGAUAGGAUCCCUCAUCGCUAACAGUACCAAUAGUACUACGAACAGCACUACCACCACCACUACAACUACCACAACCACAAGUCGUACAACAACAACUACCCAACAAGGAGGGGAAGAGGGCAAACUCGUGGAGGUCUAUCAUCUUCCCAUGAUAGAGGUCGAUUGUGAGCCAAAUAGCAGGAAAAGGUGCAGGAAGGUCCUCCUGGUGAAUGAUCAUCCGCCACCUUCGCCGACUGAGGGUCGAUUUAGCAGUGUGACGAGAAGAGCUACACAGACCGUGAAGGACUUUUGGAAACGAGUGUCAAAAACAUUUAAAAUUAGUUGA